AUGACUCUGAUCUCAAAGAUCCAGAACCCGACCCGUGAUCUGACCGAAGUAGGGGUGGUUUGUCGGAGUAUAUGGCGACGGCUUACACAGCUUAAUGGUCAGUGCCGACAUAUCCCAAGAGAAGCGAAUGGUGCAGCUCACAUCAUGGCGAGAGCGUUGACUCCUUGGGGAGAGAGAGUGGUUUGGUUUGAUACUCCACCAAUUUGUUUGAUUGAUCAAUUACAGCUCGAUGAUGUAACGACAGGAAUUGAUUAA